GAGGGACGUCCAACACCAAACGGAACUGAACAACAUCUCAUCCGUUCAUCACUGCCGCCGCCCCCUCCAAACCAUUGCGGUUCACGUCCGGGACGCUUUCCGACCUCCUGAGCGCUCCAUAUACAUCUUGUCCGUAGCAAUUGACCGUCCUGCGCCGCCGCCAUGGCCGACGAACCGACGCCUUCAGCGCCGAAAGCUCCCAUUGCGCGCACCACACGACCGUUGAGCGAGUCGUUGCUGAACGACAAGUGGGACCACUGCAUAUCCUCGUUGCUCAUCCGCUCUGGCCUCGGCCUCGGCUUCGGCGUCAUAUUCUCCGUUCUGCUGUUCAAGCGUCGAGCGUGGCCGGCGUACGUCGGUCUUGGUUUUGGCGCCGGACGUGCCGUGGAAGAGUGCGACAACGUACGUGAAAGACGGAACCCUCGCCGCGUCGUGCGAGCAUCAUGCAUCGAUGGCAGAGGCUAACUGCAUAACGACAGUCGUUCAAGACGGCCGCCCAGCAAUCAAGAGACGGGUUGAGAGUCUUGCGACCGUGAAAGUGUGGCUCGCGCGACGACUUUCGAGCCGGGGCAUAGAGAAAUGAAUGCGUGCGCUGGGGACAGUGGGCCAUGUGAAAAGUGUACUAUACGGCGCUCUUCCACUGAAUAGAACGAAAUCCUGACCAUUUGAAACAUCUCUGCACCAUUGUCCGCCUUGGAAACCACAGCACGACCAGAAGAGGGAAAAAUAACUUGGAUUUCAUUCGCGAAAAUACAUUGAAUAUGGCAAAGUUGACGAUUAGAUAGGCACCGCGUUCCUGACCCAGAUUUUUAUCCUUUUUUUUUCCCAAGAAAAUUUCUUUUCCGCUGUUAGUAGAUCACGUUUAAGAUAUUCCCAUUGCCAACAAAAAAAAUCGUCCG